GCACUUCUUCGAAUACGGUUGGGUCGUAAGAGGCGCGGCGGAGACGAAGUGGGAGGGAAGCAUGGAGCGAGUGAGCGAGCGAUCGAGUGCCUUCGUCAUCUUGUGCAGAAUUUAUAAAUUGUAGUGUGGGGUGAUAAAAUUAUGUUGAAUUUACUGAAGUGAACAAUAUUAUUGGUGAUGUUGGCCUUAGGCUUGUCGUUAUUUCGCACAAAAACUGUAAAAGAACACAUAUUCACUGUAGUAACCCGUCAAAAAUCGAGAAAGCUUCAAACGUGUUUGAAGCUUUCGUUUUCGCAUUAAUGGAACUAUGAACCUGGACCCUUUAACGUUUAGCUUAUCGCAAAUCAAUUAUCUCGUAGUAAAUCUAAGCAAGAAAAACUUCAAGCAGACAAAUCAAGAGUUGACUCAGAUUGUCAGCUUAUAUGGACUGGAAGCAGAAAACCAACUCUUGAGGUGCUUGCUCACCGAAGCAGCGAAGUCUUCGUGGGACACCGAUCGCCAGGGGUCCUCAUCGACCACCAGCCUUCACGCAUCGCUCCUGUCUCAACAGUUGGCAGCCUUGCUGAAUCACCCUGCCAAAUCUACGGUCGUCUGCCGCGCUGUUGACAAUCCAACAAGGUCUUUUCAGAAGAUAUUAAAGCCUACAAAUACCUUACUCAACCGAUUGUCAAGACUUUUGAAAUUAACCACAGCCGAGGAAGUUGCCUUUUCUCUAGUUUUGAGGAAGAAUUCGUCGAAACCUGAAAUCGUUUCGUUAGCGAAGCAGCAUCUGAAGAAAAGAUUCUUAGAUCUCGUACAGUGCUACUUAGACGCCGAACGCGGUCAUCAGGUCGAGCGUGCAGGUCUUCAGGAAUGCAGCCCUGAAGUUUUGCAAACUCUCCUCACCAACCUCGCGCACGAGACUCUCGCUACUGUGACCAAAGACUUGUUUCUCUUGCGGCUCAGAGGCGACUUCCCCCGUGAAGUGGUGCCCAUUGUAUUAGCCCCUCUUCUUUAUCCAGACGACACCCAGACUCCUUUGGAGGAAAUGACAACAGCUGACGACAUGACAGCAGCAAUGAUGGACAAUUCCCUUGCGGAGAUCAUUCGAGACAUCGGAUACCCUUUCACUGCAUCGAUCGAGGAAUGCAAAAACAACAUGCUCAACUUCGGCGCCAGGGAGCCCACGGCCAUGGACGUCGCCAGAAUUAUAUCCAUGAUGGUCAGAUACCACGCCACCAUACCGGAUGGCCCGCAGAUACAAACACCUGGAAACUUCUGGAUGAGUCAUGAGGCCAAGAAGGAACCUAUCACACAUGGACACGGCGAGACGUGGAACGCCGAAGUUUUUGUGCAAACCCUCAAAGAAUUAGCUUCCAAUCUUAACUGGAAGGAGGUGAUCCUACAACUUGACCACCCAGAGUUUGUAGUACCAGACAGACAAGCACUGAGCUUGUUAUUCACCAUUUUGCGACUAGGCUUGCAAAGCGCUGGAUACCCAGCUAACAUAUUUCCAGUGGACUACCUAUGCCGUCGCUGGACAAAUCUAGAAGGACAGAUGAGUCUGAUCAGCAACAUUAUAAAGCAUCCCGACAUCUUCUGCUUUGCUGAUCACCCGUUCCAUCCGGUGUCGAUAGACUUGCUGAAGUCUCCCCCUGAAGCGGACAAUAAAGAGAUAGCCACAUGGCGAUGUUUGUACUUAGUGGAACUCCUCCUGUAUGCAGCAGAACGCGGUUUCUAUAUGCAAGUGCAUGAGCUCUUCAAAUUCCCUCUGCAGCAUUGCCCUGACAUCCUACUGAUUGUCCUACUACAGAUACCGCCACCUUUGACAGUUUUCAGACAGGAAUUGCUAACAAUGCUCAUACCGAUUUUCUUGGGCAACCACACCAACUCUGGGAUCAUUCUUCACCACGCAUGGCACACACAGAACCCCAACAUCAAGCCGGUGAUCAUGCAUGCAAUGGCCGAAUGGUACAUACGCGGCGAAAGUGACCAGUCGAAACUGUCCAGGAUACUGGAUGUCGCUCAAGAUUUGAAAGCGCUAUCUUUGCUACUGAACGUACAAUCAUUCCCGUUCGUUAUCGAUCUGGCCUGCUUGGCCUCACGACGGGAGUAUCUCAAACUCGACAAAUGGCUGACAGACAAGAUCAGAGACCACGGAGAGACCUUCGUUUCUGCUAUGGUGAAGUUUCUCCAAAGGAGAUGCCCGCAGGUGCUGGGGAAGCCGGAAGACCAGCUGCCCAAGGCCGCGCAGCUCCCCAACGAGACGAUCGCCACUAUGUCGGCAUGCCUUCAACUGUGCAUUCAAAAUGUCCAACCGGAAUUACAAGAAGCUAUCUACAACGUAAUCGCUAACUGCCAAACUCUGUUGCUGAGCAAGCGACAAAGCAUUGCCGGUAUAACGCGUCCCCACACGAGGGUAUUAGAAACACCUUUCAACCCGGCUGGUUUAGGAGGGCAGUUAUUCACUCCGCAUGUUGAGUCGAUUACCAAUUUGACAACCAACGUGGCAAACAUGAACUUAGCCGCUCCGGCGAACACCGCGUUCGCUAUGCCCGGGACCUUAGGUCCUCUGGUUACCACUCCUGGAUCUCCAUCGCGUCUCAUGGGCGCCGGGCCCAACAGCCCAUUCGCAAUGAUGCCUUUACAACAUACUAACGUAGCCAACAUGAGUACAUUAGCCAGAAUGGCCCCAGCACCAGCUAUGGAUAAACCUCGAAUGCCAGACCCUCUGCACUUCCCCGAGAUAAUGCACAGUGUCACGAAAGAGAUCGAGGACGAAGCGAACGGAUAUUUCCAGCGGAUAUACAACCACCCUCCGCAUCCGACGCUUUCCAUCGACGAGGUCCUGGACAUGCUGAAGAAGUUCCAAGACUCUCCUAACAAGCGGGAGCGGGAAGUGUUCUCAUGCAUGCUGCGAAAUCUCUUUGAGGAGUACAAAUUCUUCCCGCAGUAUCCCGACAAAGAGUUGCAUAUAACAGCCCAAUUAUUCGGUGGCAUUAUUGAGAAGGGAUUGGUCCCAACGUAUGUGUCCUUAGGCCUAGCCCUGAGGUUUGUUCUUGACGCUCUUCGGAAACCAGAAGGAUCUAAGAUGUAUUACUUUGGGAUCGCUGCUUUGGACCGGUUCAAAUCGCGUCUGAAGGACUACCACAAGUAUUGCGAACACGUGAGGGCGAUUCCACACUUUAGCGAGUUCCCGCCGCAUCUGAUUGAGUAUAUCGAGUACGGCUUGCAGAAUCAAGAGCCGCCCACUAAGCCGCAAGGGCCGGUGCUGCCGAGCAGCUUGGCGGCCGUGUUAAACCAGAGUGCUGUUGUCACUGUUUCAGCCCCCUACAGGGCCGUCGUGUGCGCACACUCGUCCAUAUCAGCUAUAUCGAAAGUGACGAACGCCGCUGGAGGCAUGGGCAGUCGGCCUUCCAUCGCAAACGCUACCAACAUCGACACUUUGCUCACUGCCACCGACCGGGAGGAAAAGAUCAGCUCCCCACCCGAGGCUAUCCAAGACAAAACAGCCUUCAUUUUCAAUAACCUCAGUCAGCUAAAUCUCCAGACGAAAUGCGAAGAGCUCAAGGAAAUAAUCACUGAAGAAUACUACCCAUGGCUAUCACAAUACCUCGUCAUGAAGAGAGCCUCCAUUGAACUCAACUUCCACGCUCUGUAUUCCAAUUUCCUUGACGUUCUAAAAAUACGAGACAUAAAUAAAAUGGUCACUAAAGAAACCUAUCGCAACAUCAAAGUGCUUUUGCGCUCUGACAAAGGCAUUGCCAACUUUUCUGAUCGUUCUCUGCUAAAGAAUCUAGGUCACUGGCUUGGUAUGCUGACUUUAGCUCGCAAUUUACCAAUCCUACACGUUGACAUCGAUCUCAAAGCGUUGGUGCUCGAGGCUUACCACAAAGGUCAACAAGAACUGCUUUACGUUGUUCCAUUCGUCGCAAAAGUGUUGGAAUCUUGUGCUAAGAGCGUCGUAUUCAAACCGCCUAAUCCUUGGACGAUGGCGCUUAUGAAUGUGCUUGCGGAGUUACACCAAGAACCGGAUUUGAAGCUGAACUUGAAGUUCGAAAUUGAAGUGUUAUGUAAAAAUCUAAGCCUAGACAUUUCCGACCUCAAGCCGGUAAUUUAUCUGAAAGAUCCGGAGAAAGUGCGCCUGAUUGAGUUUCAGUUGUCGCAGCCGAAGAACAAAGAAGCUGCGACUGCGAUGCCCGUGACUCAAACAGCGCUGGUCCCAACCCCGCAAAUCCAGUACAGCAUUCCACCACAAGCAGCUUUGCCGACGGAAGAAUUAACCGCAACAGCUCCGACCCCAACUGGAGGCCUCGUCACCAACGAUCCCAAUUUAAUGGGAGUCAUAGGGCUUCCAGAGCCUCGUUUCAGUUAUCUCGACGUGAACGUGUCUUCAACAUCAGCAUUUGGACAGAAGAUAUGCUUCAAUCCGCACAUCAUUCUGUUCCAAAACUAUCCGCAUUUGAAGCAGUUUGUCAAGCCCGCGAUCGAGAGAUCGAUUCAGGAAUGGAUUCACCCGGUAGUAGAUAGGUCGAUAAAAUAUGCAUUGACGACUUGCGAGCAGGUCAUCAGGAAGGACUUUGCUCUAGAUCCAGAUGAGGUUAGGAUGAGGACUUGCGCCCACCACAUGAUGCGAAACCUGACGGCCGGCAUGGCAAUGAUCACGUGCCGCGAACAGAUCAUCAGCACCAUCAGCACAAACCUCAAGACUGCAUUUAUCACUGCUCUGCUACCCGCCACCCCACAACAGGAAAUCGUGGAAAGCGCCGCAGCGGUUCUCGCAACUGAAAACAUGGAGCUCGCGUGCGCUUUCAUACAGAAGACUGCAGUUGAGAAAGCGUUGCCGGAACUCGACAAGCGGCUCAUGAACGACUACGACCUACGUAAACUGGCGCGCCAAGAUGGCCGCCGCUAUUUCGACCCAGUCGUGCUGACUUAUCAGACCGAACGCAUUCCCGAACGAGUACGAUUGCGCGUUAGUGGACCUUCGGACAUGCAGAUAGCUGUUUACGAAGAAUUCGCAUGCAACAUUCCAGGAUUCAUGCCCGUGAGAGACGCUGGGAUGUUCAUCCCGAAGCAGGCCUCCCAAGACCAGAUCCCACAGCUGACCUUCAGCCAAGUAAUGAACCCCACCCAGGUUUACGGGGCUGAUGAGAUGACAGCUUUGAUCAGCGCAGCGGAGAUGUUCUUAGCGAAUUCGGUCGGAGUUGCCUCGUUGACCGUCCAAGCGGCCAAUAUGCACUCGCUUUUGGAAUGCUUGUUCCUAGCUAGAAGGAACAGGGAUAUCGUAUCUGGAUGCACUCUGCUGCAAAAAGCUGUGGAAGGACUACUAGAUGGGCACAUUGUCCAGCCCGGAGCGAGCAGUGACCAUGUGGAAAUGAUGACUCGUUACCGUGACAUCCACCUCAGAGUGCUCAAGCUCCUCGAAGAUGCCCGGGUCUAUGGCCAUCUGUGGACCACGAAGCAGAUCACAUGCUGCCUCACUGAGUGCCGGGACGAUCUCCGAUACAACAUUGAAGCUAUCGACUGCCUGAUCAGGAACCAUCUGAUCAAUCUUCACCAAUACGACAUUGCGCUCGCGCACAUGAUGGAGACAGGGAACAACUACAUGGCCGUGGCUUUCGCCAUGCAACUGGUGCAACUGUACCUCGUUGACGAUCGAAACAACAUGUAUGUGAACGAGUCUGACCUGUACCACACGACAGAAAUGCUGUUCCGGAUCAUGACUCACUCGAGACAACCCCCGCCGGAAGGGUUGGCAACCCUAUUGGAAAUGUUGAGGGUCAAUCAGGACCCUAGCGCCUAUUUGGGUGAACGUUCGCCCCUUGGACCCACAGCGCAUAUUCAUUCCGGAAUCAUGUCCGUGCGGGCCCGCGACUACGACGACCCACCCGGCCUCCAAGAUAAGACAGAAAACCUCCUACGCGAAUGGCGAAACGUAUUGCUUUCGCCUCUGACCGAAAUCGAAAUCGCACAGAAUUUCAACCUCUACGUUCAUAGGAUGAAUAUGAACGGUAUACUGAAAUCGGAUGACAUGAUCACGCGUUUCUUUAGAAUUGCCACACAGAAGUGCAUUGAGAAUGUUUAUCAGCUACUGAAUGAUGAUAGGGUGAAUCCUCCGCCGACCCCGGUGAAGAAAGAGAAAUAUUACUCCAUGUGCGAUUCGUUUAUUAAACUGGUGUCGUUGCUUAUCAAGAAUACCGCGGACAGUGGGAACCCUACGCCGAAACUGAACCUACUGAAUAAGAUCUUGGGCAUUAUCGCCGGUUGGUUGCUGACCGACCAUGAAGAGCAUGGCAGCAACUUCCAGCAGCUCCCGUAUCACCGCCUUCUUCUGGUGCUGUUCCUAGACAUGAACAUGGCGGAGCCGGUUCUCGAAACUAUCAAUUAUCAGGUUCUUACGGCGUUUUGCCACACCCUCCGCAUAAUCAGGCCUAACAACGCAUCAGGCUUUUGUUACGCAUGGCUAGAACUGGUGGCCCAUAGGGCUUUCAUAAACCGAGUUCUAGCCGUGACGCCGCAGCAAAAGGUAAUAAUGGGCUGGGGAAUGUACUCCACUUUACUCAUCGACCUGUUCAAGUACCUGGACCCGUUCCUGCGUAACACUGAACUAGCCGCUCCCGUCAUGAUGCUGUACAAGGGCACCCUGAAAGUGCUCUUGGUACUUCUCCACGACUUCCCCGAGUUCCUUUGCGAUUACCAUUACGGCUUUUGCGACGAAAUACCACCCAAUUGUAUCCAGAUGAGAAACCUCAUCCUGUCGGCAUUCCCGAGGAACAUGAGGCUUCCUGACCCGUUUACUCCCAACCUGAAGGUGGACUUACUGGCGGAGAUCUCAUUGCCGCCGCGCGCGGUGAUAAACUACGCGACGAUCCUACCGUCGUCUCAGUUCAAGAAAGAUCUAGACGCGUAUCUGAAGGCGCGUGCGCCGGUAACGUUCCUUUCAGAAUUGAGGAGCAACAUGCAGGUGCUAAAUGAUCCCGGUCGCAGAUACAACAGCCAGCUAAUGAACGCUGUGGUGCUUUACGUGGGCACUCAGGCGAUCGCCCACAUUCGCUCGAAGGGCCAGACGCCCAACAUGUCCACCAUAGCCCACUCGGCACACAUGGACAUCUUCCAGAACUUCACCGUCGACUUCGACUUCGAGGGAAGAUACCUAUUCCUGAACGCAAUCGCGAACCAACUGCGCUACCCUAACAGCCACACGCACUACUUCUCCUGCUGCCUACUGUACCUGUUCGCGGAAGCGAACUCUGAAGCGGUACAGGAACAAAUCACUAGGAUGCUACUCGAGCGGUUGAUAGUCAACCGACCGCACCCUUGGGGUUUGCUCGUCACGUUCAUCGAACUUAUCAAGAAUCCGAUUUACAAGUUCUGGACACAUGAGUUUGUGCAUUGCGCACCUGAGAUUAAGAAAUUAUUCGAGUCCGUGGCGCGUUCGUGCAUCUCCGACAAGACGGGUGCGGGAGGGGGAGAAAGGGAGAUAGGGGAGUAGCCUAGGGCUUCUUGGGAGUCUCUCCGAUACCAGCACUUGCUGAGUACUGUCGAGAAAGGCUUCCAAACUGAGGUGCAGCCACGUCAGCCUCAGCCCUCCACAUCGAACGCGACGCCGCAGCAAAACCAAACAACAACCCAAACAACACAAACAACGCAAACAGCGCAAACAGUCCUCCGCGACUGGAGCAAACUGUUCACGUAAACAUCCAAUAACUCAUGCGGACGAUUAUGAAAACGGUCUAAGUGUUACUGUGUUUUAGUGUUACUCGGGUUCUUCCAACAAACAGCUAUUUAAAUCAUGCCUCUAUAGUUCAUAAACUUCUCCCCAAAAACUCUGUGUUAGUGUUACUUCGACAUAUUCAUACAUAGUUAAAACAGACUAUAAACCCCCCAAAUGAAGUGUAAGACACUUAGUGACACUAAGUGUUAUAAUGAACGAUUUAUGUGUAAUGCCGCCUCGUGCUUGUCCCGUCAACCCUUUCAACGUUAGGCAAUAAGUUGAUUUUGUAAUGUUGGUACUGGCGUUGAAACGGCGAAAGAAACGAUUUGAUCUUUCGUCCCGCUAUUGCGCGUUCCGCUUGGCGGAUGUAUGAAUGCGAUGACAAUAGUGUCAGCUGCGUUACGACGGUCUAACUAAAAUCUUUUAAGGUUGGGUGCCUGUGCAGAUCGAAUGCGUAAUUGAUGCAUAUGCGUUUAUUGUUUAGAAUUGUAACCCAUGAAUAGACUGCUCAUCAUAGAAUAAGAGUCUAUACAAUAAAUGUUACAAAUAAUACGCAUUUGUUCCGCACAGGCGUUUGUACUUUCAAAUCGUUUCGUCUAAUUGUUACAUGGAGUAGUUUUAACUAAAUAUAGCUACAUUUUUGAUAAUUAGCAGUGCAUUCACAGGCUUGGCCUGCUCACUAUUGCAUGUGAUAAAUAUGUGUAUAAAUAGCAAUAUCUUGUGUAAUUCAUAAAUAUAACGUUUUGCCCAUUGCGAUCUGUAUAUUUAAUAGUAAUUCUCAAUUGUAUGUGUAUGCGGGGGGUACGCCCAUGGCCUUAGAUUCGAGAUAAGCAAUUACUCUGAUAUCAGAAGUAUUACGACAUUAAUACAUAAUUUGAAAUUGAUUUUGCAUGUACAAUUCCGUGUCCAACCGUAUCUUAGAUUUAGAUGAUAUCCAGUCUGUAAAUUUCGUCGAUGACCGCCUACUAUUGUAUAAUAAUCUUUUUGUUCUAGAGCUUCUAAGCCGAAAUUAAUAUCACAUUAAAUGUAUAAUAAGUUAUUGAAUUCAAUUAUUGGAAUGUCAAAUUACAGAGUUAGUGCUACAGCCUAUAAAACUUUUAUAUUUAGAUUGCUAUGAAUAUCCCAUUUUUAUUACUAUCGACGAAAUACACAUACUUGGCUAUGAUUUAGCUGUACACUGACUUGUGUCCCGAUGGCAUGUGAACAUUGUUUAUAUAUAUUUGUAAUUAUCGGCUCGUACUACGAUUUGUCGAGUUAUUGUUACAUUCGAUCUCUCGGUUAGCCUGUAAGGUUGUUCUUAGGCUGGCCCAAUGAGAGCUACCGGCAGCCAUUUGGCUAUGAAUACACUAAGUUUGACCUGCGCAUUCGGUUAAUGUCAAAAUACAAAUGUUAUGAAAGUACAGCGAAAUUAUCAAUAUUUAUUCACUCGAUUCGUCUCAAUUGUCCAGGCAUCGAGUGUUGCAUGGAAUGCGUGUUCCGACUAUGUGUUAACUUGAAGCUCUCAACGGGUUAUCGUUUCGUCUCUUUACGCCUAUUCGAUGUUAUGGUCCAGCUGCAUUUAAACCUAACAUCGAAUUGGUGUUAAGAAACUAAACACGCCGUUAUCUUAUAGUACAAUAGUAUAACGUGGUUCUAGAAACAGUUAACGAACGCUAGUAUAAGGACUGUUUUCGUGAAUGAUCGCGGAUUAACCAUUUAUAUUAUUAUACCAUUUACCGAUGUUAAUACAAAAUCGACUGAUUAAAUUAAAAUCUGCGUGGAGGGACGAUAUGCGCGCACAUCAGUUCUUAGUGAUAAUCUUAGCGCCUUAACGCAACGGCGGUUAAUCAAAGACAUUAUAUGAAAUAAUUGUAAUAAUUGAUAACAAAUAAUUGAAGUAAUAAUGUAAUUUUAAGUUUCGUAAUGCAAUGCAAAUAUUGCUCUUGUAAAGUUUUCUAGAUGUGAUUUUCGAAUGUAAUUUUAGGAGGUUUAGUUAUAAUGUUUAUCCUACAAAUUUGUCAUUAAGCGUGUAAUCCCAUUUUUUAAUAACAUUGUGUUGUAAUAAAAUAUUUUUCCAUUAAUUUUCAGCUUUGUUUCACUCUCGAACCUUUGUUUGAUUGUAUUAUAUAGGUUAAUUGGAAUCAUGUUAAUGUGUGAUGCAAUAAAUUCGUUUAGAAUA